AUGGUUUUGGAGGCAUGCAUGAUAGUCAUUGACAACUCCGAGUAUAUGAGAAAUGGCGACUACCCUACAUCGCGGUACCAGGCACAGUUGCACACGGUGGAAUUGAUUUUCAGACGCAAAACCAACGCCAAUCCAGAGAGCACCGUAGGACUGAUGACCAUGGCUGGGGAGUCGCCGCGGGUGGUCAGCAACCUCACCACAGAGUACGGAAAAGUGCUCAGUGGACUGCAUCAGAGCCGGAUAGAGGGACAGAGCAAGCUUGUGGACGGUAUACAGGUGGCGUGUUUGGCAUUGAAAAAUCGACAAAACAAGGCACAGAAACAGCGUGUGAUUGUGUUUGUGGGGUCGCCAAUCACGGACAGCGAGGCUGAUCUGGAUAAGCUGGCUAAGCGGCUGAAAAAGAACGGCAUAUCUAUUGAUUUCAUCAAUUUCGGAGAGCAACAGAUCAACACUGAGAAGCUCGAGAGGUUCAUUUCGCUGGCCAAUAGCAAUGACUCGUCGCAUCUGGUCACUGUUCCUCCUGGCCCCAAUCUUCUGUACGAACAGGUGGACCGGUCUGCUCUGUUCCAGGAAGAGGGGGGCGCUUCUGGAGGCAUGGGUAUGGGAGACGAGUUUGGCUUCGACGACCCCAACAUGGACCCCGAGCUGGCAUUGGCGAUCAGGUUGUCGCUCGAAGAGGAGCGUGCCAGACAGGAAAGA